CUCCGGCUCCUCGUUUUUAAUAUCUGAAUCGGAAUCCAGAGGAUCCUCCAAUCCGGAGGAUUCACCCAGUUCUUUGCAGAAGCAUGUCGCAGUUCUACAAAUGUUUCGGAAUCUUCUUGAUCCUUGGAAUUCCUUCUACAUGGGCUGUCUACGAUCAUUAUCGGUUGCCCAAUUCGGUGGAACCCCUGCACUAUAACCUGCGAAUUCUUACCUAUUUGAAUAGUACAGAUCAAAUGUUUGAAGGCUCUGUAAAAAUCGAUAUUUUAGCAAGGGAAUCGACCAAAAAUAUUACUUUGCACGCCGCUUACUUGAAGAUACAUGAAGAUCGGACGUCAGUUAGCUCAGAGGCUGAAAAAAACCGUGUUACUGGCAUUGAAAUAAACGAGUUGUAUAAUUUCUAUACACUGCACUUAUCUCGCGAAUUAAAAAAGGGUGAGAUCUACCAGUUGGAAAUGCAUUUCGAAGCCAGUUUAAAUGAUUCCUUGAGUGGCUAUUACAAAAGUAACUACACAGAUGCUGUUACCAAAGAAGUUCAUCACCUAGCAGUCACACAAUUCUCGCCUACGUUUGCCAGGCAGGCAUUUCCCUGUUUCGAUGAACCCUCCUGGAAAUCCACCUUUAAUGUAUCACUGGGAUAUGACAAGAAGUACACGGGUCUUAGUGGUACACCUAUUAUAGGCUGUCGAAAUAGUAAAAGUCUGGAAAACUAUAUAUGGUGCGAUCACCAAUCGCUUUUGAAGACCUCCACCUAUUUAGUGGCCUAUGCUGUACAUGAUCUUAAAAACUCAGAGAGCAAGACCAGCAAUAAAGUGACCUUCCGCAAUUGGAUGCAGCCAAAGUUGUUGGAUCAGGAAAUGAUUUCCAUGGAAAUAGCUCCCAAGCUGCUUGCAUUUUAUGAGAAUCUCUUUCAAAUGGACUUUCCCCUGGUGAAAAUCGAUCAGCUUACGGUGCCCACUCACCGAUUUACGGCAAUGGAAAACUGGGGUCUGGUCACCUACAACGAAGAGAAGUUGCCACAAAACAAGGGCGUUUAUCUGCAGCAGCAAAAGGAUGAUACAUCCUUUACUGUGGCCCAUGAAUAUGCCCAUCAGUGGUUCGGAAAUCUGGUCACCAUGAAAUGGUGGAAUGAUCUCUGGCUAAAGGAGGGUCCAUCUACCUAUUUCGGCUACUUGGCUUUGGAUGCCUUUACAACCAGAAUUGAAAGAGGUGAACGGUUUAUAAGUAGGGACUUGGCGAACUUUUUUGCCAAGGAUUCGAAUGGUACUGUGCCUGCCAUUUCAAAGGAUGUUAAGGAUCCAGCAGAGAUUCUCGGACAAUUUACUGACUAUGUUUACCAGAAGGGAUCCUUGACCAUCCGCAUGCUGCACAAAGUGCUCGGUGAGGAAGCCUUUUUCCAGGGAAUUCGAUCUUUUUUGGGAAAAUACCAACUGGGAAAUGUGGCUCAAAGGGAUCUUUGGAAUUCCCUUCAAGAGGCUGCCCUCCAAAAGGAGGUUAUUCCCUUUGACUUUAAUCUUAGUAGAGCCAUGGAUUCUUGGACCUUGCAAGGUGGUUAUCCCUUGGUUACCCUCAUUCGGGAUUACGAAACGGGCAGGGUAAACCUGAAACAAACUAGGUUUUUUAAAGGGCAGGAUAUUAUAAGCGAUUCAUCCUGCUGGUGGGUGCCUUUGAAGUUUGUUAGACAAAAUCUGCCCGACUUUGAGCAAACUAUCCCAAAGUUUUGGUUGGAGUGCCCUUUGGCCACAAAAGAUCUGCUUUUACCAGGUGUUCCAUCCCCUAAUGAAUGGAUCAUUCUGAAUCCCCAAGUUAGCACCAUUUUUAGGGUUAACUAUGACAAAAAGAACUGGCGCUUGAUAACGGAAAGCCUAUUGAAUGAUCCCAACUUUGGUGGUAUUCAUAAACUUAAUCGAGCUCAAUUGCUGGAUGAUCUUUUGUCAUUGGCUGCAGUGCAAAUACACAAAUAUGAUAUGGCCUUUGAUCUUUUGAGAUAUCUGGAAAAAGAGAAGGUCUUUUUGCCUUGGCAGAGAGCUGUUAAUAUCUUGAACAGCUUGAGACCUUUAUUGAAUGAAGAGAAUGCAAAGCAAUUUAAGAUCUAUAUGCAAAAACUUAUUUUGCCCUUGUACAAUCGCUUUCCUAAGUUGGCAGGAAGAACAGGAUCAAAUACGCCUGUCAAGGAUAUUCCCUUUGCUCAUUUCGCGUACUCCCAGGCUUGUCGUUAUCACGUAGCUGAUUGCACCGAUCAGGCUAAGAUACUGACUAUAUCCCAUCGGAAUGGGGAAAAUGAUGAGCUGCCCUCCAAUUUCCAACAGCUUGCCUAUUGCUCUUUUCUGGAAGAAGGUGGCGAUGCGGAAUUCCGGGAGAUAUUUGCCCAAUUCCAGAACUCUACAAAUGGAGCACAGCAAAGGAUAUUGGCAUCGGCUCUGGGUUGUUGCCGUAACUUCAAAAAUUUCGAGCAGUUUUUAAACUUUACCAUAAAUUCCGAUGAAAAAAUCCUAAGCGAUUGCAGUAUGUUGGCAGUCAAAACAGCCCUGAGCAGAGAUCAUUUGUUUACUCCGACAGGGAAGUAUAUCCUGAAUAAUGCAAAAACUUUGGGUGAAAAAUUCAAAAAGAAAGAGCUUACAGGACUCUUGGUCAGUUUGGCUGGAAAUCUUCAAAGUCCUGAGGAACUGGAACAACUUAAGGAGCAGUUAAAGGACCUCAACGAGUUCGAGGAAGGCCUGCAAAAAGCUCAUGACCUGGUUAAAAUAAAUCAGAAAUGGCAGAAGGAUUGCUCAAGUGAUUUUAUAGAGGCGCUGGGUAAAUUGAUUUAAUAAGUUUAAUUUAAUUAAUGUGAACUAAGAAAUAAGAAACCUUAAAAUUAUACCUUUAAAUUGAAAUACUGUAUUUUAUUGUAAAUCUAAGAUGGACACUUUUUGGG